AGAGCUAGCUAGCUAGCUACUCUGCCCGGAUCAGUCUGGUAGAGGCCGUACUUUAGGGGAAACCUACGACAUCGCCAUCUUCUGCUCUUCAGCGUCUCCUCGCCAGGUCAGCCUGCAGAAAUUAACCAUGGAGGACAGUAACCAAGAGGCCGGCAGCCCCACGCCCGGGCCUGGGGUGAUCCGCACAGGGUCUGGCCAGCAACUGGUGAGGACCAUCACCACAUCCGGACACAUCACCACAGCUCCUCGGGGUGAGGACAGUAGUUCACCUUCUCAGUACCACGACAACAGACAAAAACUGCCGUCACCCGAGGAGUACCAGCCGACUCCGGGCCACUCGGAGCACUCCUCGGCCCACAACUCCCCGGCACCUCCACCCGCCUUCCACCAGAACUCUCCAGCGGCGGCGCUGCACCAGGAAAUGCAGGAGAUGAAGCGAUCACCCCAAUUCCUGUCGGUACAGGAGGACGAGGUGGCGAGGAGCCAAGGGAUGUACGGAACAGGUGCUUGCCAGGGGUUACUGGCGAGCAUGGGAGAGGGUUACCAGAGAAUCAUGAACCAGGAAGCCCACCACGAGCGCUACAGCGACCAGGUGGAUGGACAGUACAGCCUGCACAUCAAGUACGAACGGGAGGAAGGGAGUGAGAAGCACGUAGCUGCCCACGGACCACACGGCACGACCUACGUGACGCUGGAGACCCUGCCCCAGACCCAGGUCCAGCCACAGUACCACAAGCCGCCCUACGGUGAGGACAACUCGCCACCGUACCCGGCCCCCGGCCAGUACCGCGAGGAGCUGGGGUACUACCCUACCGUGACAAAGGAGGAAGGGGGGGCGGUCGUGUACAUGAGACCGGACAAGGGCUACCAAGAAUCUGUCCUGCCGAACCACUAUGAGGGCGGCCAAGGACAACAGCAGGUGACCGUGUACGGACCCCGGUACAAGCUGCAGGACCCCCAAUACUGGCCCACCUCCGAGUACGUCGCCUACCCUAACAACGCGGUGUUGGACUCCUCGUCGGUCCACAUCAGUUCACCGCCCGGGUUCGUGUACAGUGGCAACGGCAGUGCGUGGAUGGACGAGCAGUACGAUCAAAACCUAGUGCUGAACGGGUCUGAUAUCAAGGAGUGUGUCAACUGCGCCGCCAACUCGACGCCCCUGUGGCGGCGGGACGGCACCGGCCACCAUCUCUGUAACGCCUGUGGACUCUACAACAGGAUCAACGGCGUCAACCGCCCUCCUGUCAGGACACACCAGAAGAAGGUCGCCUCUACGGGUAACCGACGCACCGGUGUGUCCUGCGCCAACUGUAGCACUAACACUACUACACUCUGGAGGCGCAACAAUAACGGUGAACCAGUCUGCAACGCGUGUGGCCUCUAUUUUAAAUUACACAAUGUAAACAGGCCAAUCUCUAUGAAGAAAGAUGGCAUUCAAACUCGCAAAAGGAAACCCAAAAACCCUUCAUCAGGACCCAUGACUACAAGUCCUCUAAUGAAAACUGAAAAACCGGAAGGAAAGAUAAUUCUGCCACUGCUGGACAGGGACGGCGGACACUAUCUCCCCUCGGGCUCUCUCCCCCCCACCAUGAUACAGAGCAUGGGGCGUCAGUACCCUAAUGUCCCUGGGCUAGAGCCUAUACACGGCGGUCCCUCUGUCAUCACAUCCACACCCAACUCCAUGAGGUACGAGUGACAGCGGCCUAGGAGUCAGACUCGCUAACCCACCAAACUAAACCCUAGUGUGACUUCCGGAGUGAUUCACUUCAAUAACUGAGCCAUCGAGGAACCAAAGAACUUUGUAAAUGUAAUAACGAGUUUGAUACCAGCGUUAUAACUCUGAUGUUAUUUGUGUAUACGUAUUUAAAUAUUUAUUUUAUUAUGAAUACGAGAUGUUAUCUAAAUGUAAAAUAUAGCAUGAGUUAAGUUUAAAAUAAUUGCUUUCCUUACUGGGAAUCUGUGUCAAGUAGAAUUAAUAGGUAACAAAGCAAACACAAUUGGGAAGUUAUGGUGCCAGUGUACUUUACACCCUAAACUUACGGUGUGCAGAUGUAAAAAUGUUGUUACAGUUGUGCCUCAAUAUUUCAAAGUAUUGUUAAUUUUAGAAUUCAAACUUCCCAGCUCAGUUUUGCCAAAGAUGUUCUAUGUGAUAUAUGACUGUAGCCAUAGCACUAAAUUACUAUACAAAUAAACUACAAUCUAGCGCAACUAUUACAUCCAAAGUAAUGCUUAUGAUAAGUAUGUAAAUGUUUUGUAAUUUAUAGCAUCUAGUCAUUUUUAUGUAAGUAAAACAUAAUUAUGUUUUGAUUCAAAA